AUGAAGUACUCCCUCGUCGCGUCGCUCAUUGCCUCGAGCACCGUUGUGCUCGGUGAACUGGUGCCGGUGCACUUCAAGGCCCCCAGUCCUGCGCACUUCCGCGACGUCGUCCGCAACGACACGUACGACUUUGGCUGCAGACCGGUUGCGCAACCAACCGAGGAUGGCCACUUCCGCCUGGCUGCGUGGUUGAGCGAGCCCCAGAUUGUGGAGCUGGAGAAGUUCUACGAGCGGGACACCGACAUCUCCAUCAAGCGAAACUUGGUCAAGAGAGCCGCGACCGCGCCAAUUGGAACCGGCGACCGCUUCUCGUCUGGUACCGUUGCCCCCAAAGGUCUCGGAACACAGGCUUCGGGCACCACCAUCGCGAGCAUCAUGAAUAUCAACGAGAUCACAUCGGCCCUCAAUGCGCUCAAGAGUGUCUAUGGUGCCAACCUACUCACCCUGUCCAGCAAGACUUUCGAAGGUCGCACCCAAGUCGUGGGCUACGUCGGCGCUGGCACGGAUAAGUCGGCCUACCAUCUCUACCUCAGUGCUGGUAUUCACGCACGUGAGCGCGGUGGGCCCGAUAACCUCAUCUACUGGAUCGCGGAUCUGCUAGCUGCCAGCAAGGCUGGUACCGGCCUCACGUACGGCAGCAAGACGUACACCAAUGCCCAGGUCAAGAGCGUUCUUGCCGCCGGUAUCGUCUUCUUCCCUCUCGUCAACCCUGACGGUGUCGCCUAUGACCAGGCCAACAGUAACCUGUGGAGAAAGAACCGCAACACCAAGUCCGGCAGCAGCGGCGCCUCUGUAGGUGUCGACCUCAACAGGAACUUCGACUUCCUGUGGAACUUCAAGAAGUAUUUCGCAUCCAGCGAGUCUCCAGCAUCCACCUCCCCGUCUUCCGAAACCUUCUACGGCACUGCAGCUGCCUCGGAGCCUGAGACCAAGAACCACGUCUCCGUCUACUCCAACUUCCCCAAGAUCCGCUGGUUCAUGGACAUCCACUCUGCAGUUGGUGACUUGCUCUACAGCUGGGGCGAUGACGAGGACCAGACUACCACCACCACCAUGAAUUUCCAGAACAGCGCAUACGACGGCAAGCGUGGCCCCGUCGGAGACAGCGCCUACAAGGAGUACAUCCCCUCCACAGAUCUGACCAAUAUCAGGAACGUGGCUACCAAGACCGUCGCAGCCAUGAAGGCGGUUGGUGGACGAUCAUACUCUAGCCAGCAGGCUGUCGGCCUGUACGCUACUUCCGGUGCUACGGAUGACUAUGCUUUCAGCAGGUACUGGUCCGUGUCCGGUGCGAACAAGGUCUACGGUUACACGCUCGAGUUUGCGCCGAGCGGUAACUUCUACCCCACGCUCUCGGAAUUCAACACGAACAUCUUGGACACCAAUGCCGGUUUCAUGGACUGGGCUUUGGCUGCUAUCUCUGUGGGUCUUGAAUAG